CUUCUUCUAAAUGUCUUAUUUUCAAUGUAGUUCUGGCAGGUUAGCUUAGCAUCGUUAGCUACCUGCUUUAGAGUUGGCCUCGUAACGGGUAAAGCUCAAGUUAGCUAACACUACAGAAGGUAGCCUUAAUGGUGUCGUUUAUAUUCGUUAUUUUAUACCUGACUUGUAGGAUGAACUGAUAUAGUGUGUAGUUUCGGUUUAUUCUAUUCACUUAAAGAUAAAGAAUCCCACCCACCUGAUGAUCCGAGUCUCCCACUCUGCUGACGCCGUGCAGCGGGACGCAGACGGAGGCUAGCUUGUGAGCUAGCUAGCAUGCAGCACUGGCCCGGGGUCUCCAAGAGGAGGCGCAGCUGAGAGGGCGGGGGGGGGGCGCUGCAGAGGGUUUGGUGUCUACAGAGCCGGCCAUGGAUGACUUCAGCACCAGGACGUACGGCACCAGCGGCCAGGACAACAGGCCUCUGUUCGGGGAGACCUCGGCGCGGGAUCGAAUCGUCAACCUGGCUGUGGGGGGAGUCACGUCUCUGGUUGUUUUAGUGACUGUUAUCAGUUCUUUUGUGUUCCCCUCGUUACCUCCGCGACCGCUUAAUGUCUUCUUUGCCGUGUGCAUCCUGUUAGCAUGUGGAUCUAAUAUAAUGCUGAUAUACUGGUACCGGCAGGGUGAUCUGGAGCCUAAAUUCAGGAACCUGAUUUACUACAUGCUGGCAUCCAUCCUGCUGCUGUGUCUAUGUGCCAACCUCUACUUCCACGAUGGCAGGUGAAGGUGAAGAGGAAGAGGAAGAAGGGAAGACAUGGCCUUGACACAUGAAGGACUACAUGGACAGCAGGGCUCAUCUCAAUCUAACUUUUCCCAGCUGACCCGCAGCAAACUGGAGAUACUUGGACCAAAACCAGUGAAGCUUCUAAUGGUUCCAGCUGGAGGAAAACUUGUCAGACCUGUUGGUGCUGAAACACAAAGCACUGAACACACACACCCACACACACACUGUGUUACAGUGUAGAAAUCAUGUACUUAUAGAGGCCAAAACUCUGCCUGGAGACACACUGCUGGAGGGUGAAACAGGUGUGUCUACAUGCUCAUUUAUUUCAUUUCUUUCUCAUAAUAACACACUCUUAAAGUCAUGCAGGAAAACAUUGUGUUUGAUAUCAUGAUGCAAUAGUUAAAGGAAAAAUCUGCCUGUUCGUCUGGUUUUUGUAGGUCAUAUCUCUUCUGUGUCAUUUUGAACUUGGUAUCUUAUCUAAGUUGCUCAUUAACUAAAUGAAUAUCUUCAGAACGUUGGAGUAUAAUAGUGAAAUUGUGAAUACAGUCAUUGAUGGAGGGCCCCAAUGGUCUUCACCUACAAAAUGUAUGUAUUAUGUUCCUCUAAACUCCAAUCAGAUGCCAUCUUUUGAUUUAAUGGUGCAUUCAGGGUCAAAGAAUAUUAAGUCAUAUGAACUUGACAAAUGGAAAAGCCAGUGUGAGGUGCAAAUGCUGGAAGCGGAGACGUGAUAUCUCCCAAAUCUGUAGUAUAUAUAAAAACUAUAGAGUAUGUACUGCAAACAUUGUCAUGUCUGAGUUUAGGGUAGCAACCAGCAAAAGAAGCGGGUUGUUAUUUCGAUCAUUCCAAUCAUUAUUAAGAAUAUAAAAUGUCAGAAAAUAAUAAAAAAUGACCUGAGAAAAGUGGUCAUCUUUGAACGUCUGAAUCGGAGAAUAAUUGUACAGAAAGUGUUUGAUAAUUGCUUUAUUAAUGAAUGAAUGGUCCAAGUAAUGGAUUUUAUUUAUAAAUCAACAAACUAUGCUUCCGCUUCUCAACACAUCAGUAAAUUGUUUAUCAUUUCCACUUCAAUUCUUGUAUUUAAACCUAUGAUUUAAACCUAUGUCAGGCAUUUUUGAGUUGACAAAUUUCUCCUGAAUGCUCCAUUAUAGAAUCUGUGAAUUACUAUAUUUGAAUUUAUGCUUUCAAAAUUGAUUUUUUUUUCCACAUACAUUGUUGCCUCAUUUGCCAACUGUUGUUUUAAAAUAUUUGAACAUGGUGGGUUUUUCCUUUCAGCAGGAAGUAAAUGAUGAGCAUGUAAACACUCCGCAGCAGUAUUCAGUACUGUAGACUCUAGUAACAAAGUAGCUAACAAAGCAAUAGCACAAGCAGCUUCUGUGACAAAUAUAUGCAACACUUUGUAUGUUUUAUCUUUCUCUGUCACUGCUUAUCUGAUUAUCGCUGUGGAUUUCAUUCAUUUUCCACUUCUAAGAGGAUUUUUUAGAAUUGAAAUGCUGAAUUACACUGACUCACUGCCAAUCCUUGCACUAAGUAUUGGUACACACUUUAGUCGAAGCCAUGCAUUGCACACACAGCUGUAGCACAAAUGGGAACAAUAAUUGUUGUACACUGAAUUACCCCAGAUAUUUAGUAACUAUAUCACAUUGAUGUGUCCGCCAUUUAUAUUUUUGCACUAAUUAUUCUGCCAUUCACAAAUCUGAGCUGGGUUUUUUCCAGAAGUAGCUUUAAUUUUGACUGUUUGAUUCGCUGUCUCUUUGUUUUGCAUUUAAAUAAGAAUUAUAAUCAUUGAAACAUUCUGUAUUUUAGCUCAGAGCUAACCGUGUUAUAAAGAGGUUUGUUUAUGUUUUUGCAGGUUAGGGAAACACUACGGUUUACAGACGUGACCCGUGACAUGCAAACAGAAUAGUUGAACUAAAGCCAGACUGUCUCCAAAUGUAGCUCAGCACUAAAGUUGAGUGGAUUUUGGGACGAAUUCGUUUUAAGUACACUUUCAAACUUUCCCAAAGCCCAAUGUGAUGAUUUUCAAUUAUUACCUGAAGUCCAAGACCAAAAUACAUUUAAUUUACUGUCAGAAGACCAGCAAAUAUUCACAUUUGAAAACUGGAAGCCAGAUAACCGUUGUCAUUGCUUUAAAGAAAAUGGCUUGAACAAUUAAUCAAACAGCCGUAUUCUCACUUUCUGCCAAAAAACUAAUUCUGGUGUCAUGUUUGGUCACAGGAAAUACCAAGUGUCAAAAGUUGAUCGUAAAACAAGAUUUCAUCAAGAAAUGCCAUAAGACUAAAAGUGUUCCUCUGAAUACGUUAUAAAGUGAAAAAUAUGAAAUGUAUCAUGACUUCUAAUGUUUUCCAGCUUUGCUCCUCCAAUGACAAACAUCUCAGUGCUAUACAAACUGAGGAGUCGACCUCACCACAACUUUAGGAUCGUCAAAGCCAUGUAUUUCAUUGUUUUAUGGAAUAAAUAAUCCUGUACCCUGAA